AUGCAGGCGUGAAAAUCCCCUUUCUUUGCUUCUUUCUCUCUCUGUGUGCACACCUUUAUUUAGGGCAUUCUAGAGAGAGAAACUUACUUAGAGAGAGAGAGAGCCAACACAGAACAAUGUUACAAAACCUCAUCUUCAUCUUCUUGUUUUGUUCAAGAUAAUGAACAUUGAACAGAGCCUGUUACAUCCACUUAUUAUUACUACACCAUGACACACCAAAAUGUUGCAUUUGCUCUCAAAGAUGAUCUUUUCUGUGAUGAAGAACAAUUAGAUUUGGAUUUUGGAUGUGGGUUUGGUUUCUUUGACCAUAAAGUUCAAAUCUUGACACAAAAAGAUCAUCUUUUUACCCAUUUUGAACACGAUUUGUUAUGGGAAGAAGAUGAGCUUUGUUCCCUUUUGUCCAAGGAACAAAAUGGGUUUUUAAAAGAUGGGUUUUUGGGGGAUUUGGAUUUGGAUUUAAUGGUGUUGAGAAGAGAAUCUGUUGAUUGGAUGUUUAGGGUUAGUACCCAUUAUGGGUUUGUUGCAAUGACGACUAUUUUAGGUGUUAAUUACUUCGAUAGGUUCUUGUUAAGUGGUGGUUUUCAGAGUGAUAAUAAUCGUAAGCCAUGGAUGAAUCAGUUAGUUGCUGUUGCUUGUUUGUCUUUAGCUUCUAAAGUUGAAGAGAUUCAAGCUCCUUUGCUUAUGGAUUUGCAGGUUGAAGGGGCCAAGUUUGUGUUUGAAUCAAAGACUAUAAUGAAAAUGGAGCUUUUGGUGCUGGAUUCUCUUGAAUGGAAGAUGAAUCCGGUCACCCCGCUUUCGUUUUCGGAUUACAUCAUGCGCAGGCUCGGCUUAGUCGCUCAUUGGCGGCAUUCGGAGUUUGUUAGACGGUCUGAAAGAAUUGUUCUUGCUGUCAUUAAUGAUUCAAGGUCUCUGCUUUAUCAUCCAUCUGUAAUUGCUACUGCUACAAUGUCCGUUGUGAUUAAGGAAGUUGAUCCCGAUAACGCGUUCGAUUAUCUGAACCGCUUGAAAGAUUUUCUUGAGAUUAGUGAGGGAAAAUUAGACGACUGCUCUAAAUUCAUCCUGGAAGUAUCUGAUAAUCCGGGAAGUAGCUACUCGAUAUAUCAUAAGCGAAAGUACCAUUUUGCCCCUGGAAGUCCAAACGGUGUGAUUGAUUCCUAUUUCAGCAGCGACAACUCGAGUGACUCAUGGGCGGUUGCGUCAUCAUCGGUUUCAGUUUCGUCUUCACCAGAACCGCCAGUGUUCAAGAAGAUCCGCGCGCAAGAGCAGCUGAUGAAACUGGUCCCACCAACUCGCGUGUCGGUUAGCAACGGUGGUUAGGUUUGGUAAUAGUUUUGCGUAUUUAUUUUCCAACAAUAUGAUGUUAAGGUGCGGUUACAUCACUAAUCAAUAAUUAUGUUCGGGCUAGAACCGUGAGUUCUGUUUAACGAUAGGGUCUUGAUUCUUGCUUUGUUGACCUUGUUUUCGCUAGAUUUGACUUUGAUGAAACAACUCUUUCUGAGACCUCUUGUGUGAGGUGAGUUUCUCUUCAGGUAUCGGUUUUGGGCUUUUCGGAUGACAUAUAACCUUGAUUACGACGAUAAUAUUUUUAGUUUAA